GUGUUAUGUGUUGUUGUGAAGUUCGUGAUAUAAAAUAAUUUGGCCACACUGUGCCAACAAUCAUUCGUUAUCGAGCUGCUCGAGCCUUCACAUCGUUAAACCACUUUCCACCUCAACAGUUUAAGCAACAUGGAUAAUCGCAGUGCGUUGUUGAAGCUAUCAAUCUUGGCUGUGCUGGUCUUUAUGUUAGUCUGUGUGCAGGAAACAAAUGCUGGCCAGCAGAAGAAAAAGAAGAUUGUCAUCCACGUGCCAGUGCAUAAAAAGAUCGAAAAACAUGUGCACACGGUGAUCAAGCAUGUGCAUCAUCACCACAAGCCGAUUGUCCUAAAGGAGGAGAAAAAAAUCAUACACGAGGAGCAUCGUCCCAUUCAAAUCCAUCAGACCAAGGAGCACAUUCAUCACCACGAGAAACAUGAGCAUGCCCACCACAAUCACCACAAUCAUGAUCAUCAUGAGCAUCACGAACAUCAUCAUCCCAUUGCCGAACAACAGUUGCCCAUCGAACACGAGGAGGAGGAGGAACACAUCCAUCAUCAUCAUAACUAUGAGCACAAGGAUAGUUAUGUUGGCGCCCAUUCGGAUGCGAGCAGCAGUGAGGAGCGCUGAGUCUAGUUAGUCAUUGCUUUAGCCAGCCAGCGCCCCAGGCACUGAGUGCGACGUAGACUGAGGAUUACACUCCAAGGAAACCAAAGAAAAUCCAACCAAAUAGAGUUUUUGUGAGUAAUUAAUUGAGUGAAUGAUGCGAUUACUUACUUUGUGAUGUAUUAAUUUAGCUCUAGGAACAUAUUCAUUUUUUUUUCCUUUUUUUUAUUGCUUAUAAGUUAGCGCGUAAGUUUUAGAUGUAAUAAAUGGGGUGUUGUUAAAAAAAAUUAAAUAAAUUUUCUUACACUGUGCGCGGCAUUUGUUUAAAUUUCAAUGCGCAGUUUACCAACACUUGUUGACAAUACGAAACCGAUAACUUGCCAUAGCAACCAGUGUGACUUUCAGAGGUGUAAUUUUUGAUGCUGGUAUAUUUUCUGCCUUGCGCUGCUGUCACUUGCCCAUUUGAUUGACCUCCUUCUUAUAAACAAAACUACAGUUCCUCUAAACAAUUGUCUGAUGCAAAUCUAAGUUUUAAUGUAAACUACUAAAAAUAAAAUUUCAAAACAAAGCAUAAUAAUAAGCAGUUUUCAAAAUUUGCGCUUUCAUCCACACGUUUUUCGAAAAUGUAGCGUGUGGUAUAUUUGGUAUAUAAGUCAACUAUAAAAGGCAUAUUUUGAAAUGAUAAUUGCGGUCACCCUGCGAUAGCGACGGCAGAGACGGAAGACAAGGCAAAAUAAAACAAAAAGCAUAUAGGGAGUGAGUGUUACUUUUGCAAAAAGAAAAAAAAAUAAAACAGAGAAAAAAGAGAAGCAAAAAGCCAAAUAAAGAAAAGUUCAAUUUCAAUUGCUGAAAC